AAUCGCAAACUUGGAUACGUUUGUGACGUCACGCCAUUGUCCAUACGGUCACAAAGUUGAUGACAGCUCCGACAGUCACGUCAUACAACCCACAGUAUCUACAUCGACCGCAUUGGUGUCGACUUCACACAUGUCGUCUGCUCAAAGUGACAAUGGACGACCACAAACCUACCAAUAAAACAAUGGAUGUCAUCUUCGACGAAGGUCAAAUGGCCGCCCGGCGGAGUCCGCUCACACCCUGGUACUGGCUUGAGGACACCCACCCCGACAUGGUCUCAGCCACCCUGAAGGACCUGGCCAGUCAGCACAUGAAGUACUUCAGGGCAAGUCCCAGCAGGGCACCAGGUCAACAGGCAGGUCGAUCGCAGAUCCAGGUGAUGGAGGACCUGUACUGGGAGGAGCUGAGGGAGUGGAGUGUGUAUUCUGGAACUCAUGACAAAUCUUCCAACUCGUUUAUUGAUGAUGCCAUCAGUAUGAGAAAUGUUCACAUGUGCUUAAUGGCCAAUCUAAACAAGAAUAACAAUGGCAAUACCAAGGAAGACCAAAAGUCCUUACUAACCGGACCAAGGUCGCAGCAGGGGAUUUCUAAAUGCCAAGAACGCGCCAAGCCGAAAUCAAGCAAACGUCCAACCAAUUCAGUCAAGUCACGUGUCAGGGAACAGACACACCAAGGAGAUCCUGCUACAAACAAUACAAACCACAGCAAAUCUGUAGCCAACAAAGCAUGGAACGAUGGCCUUUCAAACAGGACCAAUAUGGCUCGAAACCAAGAUGGCCACAUGCCUUUGAGACACCACGUGGUAGAUUGGAAGAACCAUCAUGAACAGACCCAGGGCAAUAGAACAGUCGUUGCGAGGGAGGCGUGUGUUGGUGGUGCCGAAGACGUCGUCACAAAGUCCUUGUCAGAUGCAGCUGAUGCCUCCAUGCAAACCGAUCUUAGCAAGAAUGAUGCGCAAAGUCUGGAGCGCCUACUCUGGGAAGUAUCCAAAUUCAACUCAAUCUCUGAUAUUCCAAAGACACUCAAAGGCACCCUAUUACAGACAAUGUGCAAGCCAUUGCUUAAUGGUGGUUACAGAGAAGAGAAAACUCUCUGGUCAAAUCUGUUUAACACCCCUGUGCUUCCUGGAUCUACUAAACCAUCUGGUGGCUUUGCUCCACACACUGCUACCACUACAUCGAUGAACCAACCAGAGGAAGUCAGAGAGUCCUUGACAGACAUGAAGCAGUGCAAUCCUAUGUCUGAGAGGAGCAUCUGCAGGCAGGAUAACAGACCAUGCAGGAUAGGAACAUCUUUAAAUUCCCUCUGGGACGAUUUCUUCAGCCACGAGGAUGACAUCCUGGACAUUCCCACCUUGAGCAUCCUGUCUCCACCGCGUGCCUCUCUUGGACAAGCCUUCCACAAUUAUCAUGACGUCAGCCCUCUGUCCACCCUUGACCACGAUGAGGACAAGCUAGCCGGCCGGGAACCCUUUCCUUCUGAGUACGUCUUCAAGAGGGUGUGUGGACCUUCCUUCAGCAUGUCUUCGGAGUUCUGGCACAUCAAGAUUCCAACUCUUCCUUCACACAUGGUCGACUACAUAGUUGAGCCAGAUGGCCUCACUGACAAAGUUAUCGGCACAGGGUGUUGUGGUCAGGUGUACGCAGCAACGCUGACGGUGUCCCCAGGGCUCAGCAGAGAUAUUGUGGUGAAAGAAAUCUUUGUGAACAUGAGAUCAAUGGAGAAUAUCGUCAAUGAAACCAGAAUUACUUUGUACCUGGGACCUACAGGCUAUGUUCCAAUCUGUUAUGGAUUAGUGAAAGAUGUGGUGGGAAGACACAACAUUGUGUUGGAGCUCUUUGGGUCUGGGCAAACACUCCGUGACAUCAUCAACAAAAAGAAAGCGUUGUCCAAACAACAUUGGCUGCACAUCGCAUGUCAGUUAGUGGAUGGCUUGGGAAGAAUCCAUGACAAAGACGUCAUCAUUAAUGAUAUCAAGCCAGAUAACAUCCUUGUUGACCUUUCUGGAACACCGCCGACGGUUAAAUACUGUGACAUGGGUUCAGCAUCAUACAAGUCUGGAGUCACAUAUGACGAGAGUCAGGACAUGAAAAACUUCACAUAUAUAGCCCCAGAAGUGUGUGCUCAUGCUGAAACAACAAAGGACAGUGAUGUUUUCAGUCUUGGAAAAGUCUUUCAGAACAUUCAUACAUGUUCACAGAUUUCCACUAUGUGGGAACUUUACAAUAUGUGUUGUGCCCAGACCCCGGACGACCGACCAACUCUCUCUUGUCUGUGGCACCUGCUGCAGGAGGAGUAUACAGAGGUCCUGUCCCAGACUCUCACUGUGGCGCCACAUGGAGACAUCCACCCAAGUGAUAAGGAACCAGAACAUGCCAGCUUUGUGACCAAAGAUUCUGAAAGUGCGGGAAAGAAAGGGUCUCCUCAUGAUGGUAGUGUUAAGUGGGGGAAUGAAGCCUCUAAAGAUGAGUCUCAGAACUCGGAUGAGAGUGCUGCAACAGACAACGAUGCACAAGGUUCUUUUCCCAGCACAAGAAGAAAUGUCACGAACAUCGAGUCAGCUGUCCAAAACAGGCCAACUGUUGCCAACAUUGGUGUGUCAACAUCCCAUGAACUAUCUAGUCACAUCCACAUGUCUGAUACUGGAGCUGAGUUUUCUACAAUUCUGCAGUCAUACGUGGGAACAAAAGAUGACUGUUCACUGCUGUUUACACGUAACACUGCAGCUGCCACUGAACACCAAACUAUACCGGCUUCUGCAAUGAAAACAGAAGAUCCAGAACUGACCAGACACAAAUCAUUUUUUGUAAGAGAGGAUCACAGCAUGUCUUCGCCAAUAGCUACAGAGGAUCACUGCAUGUCUUCGCCAAUAGCUACAGAGGAUCACGGCAUGUCUUCGCCAAUAGCUACAGAGGACCACGGCUUGUCUUCUCCAAUAGCUACAGAGGAUCACGGCAUGUCUUCGCAAAUAGCUACAGAGGAUCACGGCAUGUCUUCACCAAUAGCUACAGAGGAUCACAGCAUGUCUUUGCCAAUAGCUACAGAGGAUCACGGCAUGUUUUCGCCAAUAGCUACAGAGGAUCACAGCAUGUCUUUGCCAAUAGCUACAGAGGAUCACGGCAUGUUUUCGCCAAUAGCUACAGAGGAUCACGGGAGGUCUUUGCCAAUAGCUACAGAGGAUCACGGGAGGUCUCCUCCAGUAGCUACAGUGGAUCACGGGAGGUCUCCUCCAACAACAGACCUAGCUGCACCACUGCUGUCUGACAGGUGGUUCACUUCAGAACUGAAGGGACCUCUCGUCCCGGAAGGUCCAGGACCAGCACCUGCAUCAGCCUCACAAGUGGCGCCUUACCCGAGUCUCAUCCAGGACAACGUCACUAUAUUCGAUGAACCCAGUGAAUUCAGAUUUUCUGAUGUAGUUUACUUUCCAGGGCUGCUGUUAAUACUGGUUUUAAGUCUUCUCUGGCCCACUAGUGUUGAUGUAGGCUAGUUGUUUGGAUCCUAUACUUUGUGUCCACGAUAUCAAGCCCACAUUUCAAUACACCUAUACUUUAAGGGUGUGCACAUAUUGCAAUGUAUGUAAAUUAGUAAAUUAGUUUUAUGAAGUCUUCUGUGACCAAAUUGGGCAGUUAUAAAAUAAUGUGAUGAAGCUGAAGUUUGAAGUGCAAAAUGUUAUUUCUCAGCAAGAUGGAUAUUGUUGCUCAAAUGUAUUGAACAAAAUCAAUUAUUUUAAUCGGGUAGUAUCUACAAUUUGUUUUAAAUGUAACAAUUUAAUUCUGGAUCAUUUACAUAAUAGAUAAAACCAAUUUGAUUGCAUAUGUCAGGUCAUCAAAGUACUUGAAAUAAUUGUGCAAUUUCAAUUUUUUAAUUGUUUAUAUUUGUUUUCAAAUAAACUAAGUUGAAGUGUG